UUAUGUUGAUAUUGACCGAAAUAAUUACUCCACUAUUAGCACUCGUGGUGUUAUGAAAUAUUUGGCAAACAAUGAACCAGAAUUCACUGAACUCGAUGAGUGGCAGCAAGAUUAUAUCAAUUUUUCCAAAAUUAGAAAGACUCGCUUUUUUGCUCAAUUUCAAAUGUGGAAACCAUUCAAGUUAUGGCACAAGAACAUCCGACAGAUGAAAUUCAAGACUAGUGAAAACUUUUUGAGAGAAAAUCUAUAUAUGCUGAAUCCUAUGCUGACUGCAACCAUUUUAAAAAUAAAAGAGAUGUGUGACAAAGUCAGUCAAAUGAGGUUAUGUAAAAUCGAAGAGGACCGAACAUAUGCAGCUCAACAAUUUUAUGAAGCUCAAUGUGAGCAAUCAAAAAUUAUUGUAACACACACACAAACAUUUCGGGACAUUGUUAAAAAUAUUGCAAGAAUUGCUUGUCGGAAUGCAAUGCUAAAAGAUGGUUUUGUGCCAGAUGACUGUCACCAAAAUGCUGAUGGCCAUACUUCAUUGACAGUACCUGGAGUUAAACCAAAGAAAAAUAAAUAUGCUGUUUGCCAAAGGCUUACAAGUUUCAUUCGCUAUCUUGAUUAUAUCAUUGUUUCUGCUUUACGUCAACUUGUUAUUGAUGCUGUACGGAAUUUACUUGCCUAUUUUGCUGAAUUAUUGAACAAUGCUCCUAGUUUUUCAAAGACAGUAAUUAAAAGAAAAACUGACUUUAACCCCGAGACUCUUGAUAUAUUUAUUCAAGAGCCAGAGGAAGAGAACAGGGUAUUGAAUCCUCUGUUUAGAACUGACUUACUUCUUAAAAUUGACCGAAUUGCAUUUCAACCAGAUGUGAAAGGUUUCCGUGACCUAAUGAAUCAAAUCUUUAUAAGGUAUCAGCAGACAGCAUUGUCAGUGCCAAAUUUACUACCUGAUGACUAUUUCAAUGCUUUUACUCGACCAAUAGCUUAUCACAGUAUCACAGAGAAAACCUGUGGAGAAGGUCCAAAUUUGGGUAUUAUAUUUGAAGAAGAUAGAAUCUUGCAAAGUUUGAAAAAUGGCAUCCUGGAUGCAUUAGAAAGUGGUUUCAACAAUGCAGUUCAGUAUGUUAAUCUCCUCCUUCCUUGUCAGAGAUUUUAUCAAGAAAAUGAAAGCAUAAAUCCAGAGCAUCUUAAAGCUCCAAAAUUAGAUGCCUGUGUAGAAACACUAGCUCUUGAACUUCAAGUAGUCAAUCGAAUAUAUGAUAUUAUAACAGUGUACAACGUCCCGAUAUCUCCUGAAAUUCUUGCUGUUUACCAGAUCUUGGAACCAUCAUUUGAUGCUUUCCGAAAUACUGUAGAUAAAGCUUUAUAUGAAAGAGAUUAUUUCAUCAACUGUUUGAAAAAUUUCAUUAAUCAUGACAUCAAAGAACUAAGGAAAGAAGUCACAGAAAUAAAGCAAGAAGCAAUGAAUCCUAAAAUCCUGGACAUAAACUCCAAUAAAAGUCAAGUUAUGCAACUUCUAAAGAAAUUUAUAUCAUCAAUGAAUAAAAUAGUAGCAGAUUCUGAAACGUUUCAAGCAUAUCAAAAAGAUUUCAAGAUUGAGGUAACAGACUUUGAUGACCUUGAUGAGCUAAACCAAGAAUUACUAAUGAAGCAGAAACUAUGGACUGCAAUGGAAGAUUGGGACGUUUUAACAGCAAAAGCCAUGGUUUGUCCUUUUGAUACCCUUGAUCAUGAAGAGCUGCAAAAAAAUACUCUGUCGUAUUUAAAAACUUGCAAUAUAAUGCAGAAAUCUUUGCCUCCGAAUAACAUUGUUGGUGCAUUGAAAGAGAAAGUGGAAGACAUGAAAGACAAGGUUGAAAAUUCAUGGAAGAAAGUUGAAUUCCUUGUUUUGCCGUAUAAAGAUUAUGCUGACACGUUUAUACUGGGAGGAACUGAUGACAUACAGCAAAUUCUUGAUGACAGUAUAAUUAACAUUUCUACCAUUGCAAGUUCACGCUAUGUUGGUCCCAUCAAAUCUCGUGUAGAAGAAUGGCAAGUAGACUUGGAACUUGUUGGAAAGACUCUGGAUGCAUGGCUUCUGUGCCAGAAAAUGUGGCUUUACCUGGAAAGUAUUUUUAGUGCCCCUGAUAUCAUACGUCAGCUUCCGAGUGAAGGCAAAAUGUUCCGACAAGUUGACAAAAGCUUCAAAGACAUAAUGAGAAAGCUACUUAAAAGACCCCGAGCUUUAAGAGCAUGUUUACAGCCAGGUUUGCUUGAGGCAUUGCAGAAUAACAAUGCUUUGUUAAAUUCUAUACAGAAAUGCCUUGAAACAUAUCUGGAAGUGAAACGGUUGAGUUUCCCAAGAGGAGAGAUAGAGGCAUUUGGUGUGUAUAAGGGUCAGUUCUGGUGUGCAAUGUUUGAUAGUAAUGGAAGGGACAUUGCCAGGACUGGUGGUCUUGUUGGUUUGAAGGAACCACAGGACUUAAAGACACGUGGAAAUGUUGAAGAUUGGCUUGGUAAAGUUGAAGAAGCAAUGUUUGCUAGCAUACGACAAUUGGUUAAACGAGCUGUCUUGGAUCAUGAUGAAACAGAAUACAAAACAUGGUUAAUAUCUCUUGUUGAUUUUUCUCUGAAGGUGAUACUUGCAGUGUCUAUGGUGAUGUGGUGUCGAGAUGCACAUCUUUGUUUGGAAAAUGAAGAUAACUGUCUUGAGAUGAUGAAAGUAUUUGAAAAAAAGUGUUUCAGUGAUUUGAACCAGCUUGCUUCUCUUGUGAGUGGGAAACUAUCAAAGCUGAACAGAGCUACAGUGUGUGCUUUAAUUACCACAAAAGUCAAUGCUCGGGAUAUUAUCUCUGAAUUAGUUAAGAAAAAGGUUGACAGCAUUGAGAGCUUUGAUUGGCAGAAACAACUCCGCUAUUAUUGGGAUACCACCACAGACAUGUGUAUUAUCCAUAUGUCUAAUUCCGAUUAUUUCUAUGGUUACGAGUACCUUGGGGCUUCUUCAAGACUUGUUAUAACACCCUUAACGAAUCGUUGUUAUCUGUGUCUAAUGGGCGCAUUACAACUUGACCUUGGCGGUGCUCCUGCUGGCCCGGCAGGAACAGGCAAAACUGAAACAACAAAGGAUUUAGCCAAAGCCCUGGCUAAACAGUGUGUUGUCUUCAACUGUUCAGAUGGUUUAGAUUAUAAGAUGAUGGGCCGUUUCUUCUCCGGACUUGCACAAACUGGUGCUUGGUGUUGCUUUGAUGAGUUUAAUCGCAUUGAUACUGAAGUGUUGUCUGUUAUUGCUCAACAACUUAUUACCAUUAGGAAUGCCAAAGUUGCAAAGGUUUCUCGAUUCAUCUUUGAAGGCCAUGACAUCAAAUUGAUCAGAACCUGCGCUGCAUUCAUCACAAUGAAUCCAGGCUAUGCUGGUCGUACUGAAUUGCCAGAUAACCUAAAAGCCCUUUUUAGACCCUUUGCUAUGAUGGUGCCAGACUAUUGUCUGAUAGCUGAAGUGAUCUUGUAUUCCGAGGGAUUUGAAUCCUCAAAGUUGUUGGCUCAAAAGAUGACACAAAUGUACAAACUGUGUAGUGAGCAACUGUCCCAGCAAGAUCAUUAUGACUUUGGGAUGAGAGCCAUUAAAUCAGUUUUAGUUAUGGCUGGCUCUCUUAAGCAGCAGAAUCUAGGUCAAGACGAGGAUGGUUUACUUAUCAGAGCUCUUCGCGACAGUAACAUUCCAAAGUUUUUGAAAGAAGAUACUAUACUAUUCCAGUCAAUUCUUCAAGAUCUCUUUCCUGGGAUUACAAUUCCUGAACCUGAUUAUGGUGUUUUAGAAAGAGAAAUAAUAAAAGCAACUGAAGCCAAAAACUUAAUGGUUGUUCCAACUCAAAUCCUGAAAGUUAUUCAGUUGUAUGACACUAUGCUUGUUCGCCAUGGAGUCAUGCUGGUUGGACCCACUGGAGGAGGUAAAACAACUGUUUACAAAGUGUUGGCUGAUGCAUUGGGCAAUUUGCAUGCCCUUGGAGAGGAAAAUUCUUUCUACCAACCAGUCAUUUGUUACAUUCUUAACCCCAAAUCUAUCUCAAUGGAAGAAUUGUAUGGAGGAAUAAAUCGACUUACUUUAGAAUGGCAUGAUGGACUAAUGGCCAUUGUUAUUAGAAUAGCUGUUGUAGACACAAGCCCAAAACACCAGUGGGUUAUCUCUGAUGGUCCUGUUGAUGCCCUUUGGAUAGAAAACAUGAAUACUGUUCUUGAUGAUAAUAAAAUGCUUUGCCUGGCAAACAGUGAAAGAAUCAAGUUAACACCUUAUAUCCACAUGUUGUUUGAAGUUGAAGAUCUUGCAGUUGCCUCUCCUGCAACUGUUAGUCGUUGUGGUAUGGUGUACAUUGAUCCUGGAGGACUUCAAUGGUUUCCUUACGUAGAAAAAUGGAUGAAGGAAUGGGAAAGCCUCUUGAAAGAAACAACCAAAGAAUUUCUACUUAACCUUUUCCGUGAAUAUGUGGACAAAGGUUUUGAAUUUGUGAGAAGGAAUUGUGAUCAAGCUAUAAAGCAGGUGAACAUUUCAAAAGUUACUACAUUAUGCAAACUUUACGAGUCACUGGUGUUUUCCGAGCAGUCUAAGAAGUACAUUAACUUUGAGGCGAACCCUAACCAGCUAAAUUCAACUUUGUGCACAACUUUCAUGUUUUGUUAUGUUUGGGCCAUUGGCGGAAACAUUCUUGAAUCUAAGUGGGAUGCAUUUGAUACCUUCACGAAGAAUCUGUUUGAUAGCAAUCCUUAUGCUAAGGUCCCUACUGUUUGUGAUAUCUGGAGUGUAUUUAUGGAUUUUCCAUCAAACCGACUAGAACUUUGGGAAAUGGCUGUGCCCCAUUUUAUCUACAACAAAACCAUUCCUUUUUUCAAUAUAUUUGUACCUUCAGUGGAUACACUGAGGUAUGGAUAUUUACUUGAGAAGCUAUUGGAUGUGGAUCAAUCUGUUCUCUAUAUUGGUAGCUCUGGUGUUGGGAAGUCAAUGAUUGCUAACCGACAGAUAACUCAAUUGGCAGAUACUAAAAGUUAUGUUCCUGUGUUCAUCAAUUUCUCAGCACAAACUAGCAGCAAGCAGACACAAGACAUCAUAGAAUCAAAACUGGAAAAAAGACGAAAAAAUGUUAUUGGUGCUCCAAAAGAGAAACGUGUGAUUAUUUUUAUUGAUGAUAUUAACAUGCCUAAACUGGAUACUUAUGGUUCUCAACCACCCAUUGAACUUCUGAGGCAGUAUCAGGAUUUUAAGGGAUUUUAUGAACGAAACAAAUUCACUUGGCUUGAUAUAGAGGAUGUGACCUUGUCUGCUGCUUGUGCACCCCCUGGUGGUGGUCGAAAUGCUAUCACACCAAGACUUAUCCGUCAUUUCAGUGUUUUCAACAUACCCCCUCCUGCGGAACACAGUCUCAAGUUAAUGUUUACUGCUAUUCUUAGUGGUUUCUUUAUUGAGUUCCCACAAGCUAUCCAGCACUGUGUUGAGUCGAUUGUCUGCGCAGCUGUGGAGAUUUAUUGCAACAUGAAAUCCGACCUUCUCCCAACACCAACUAAAUCACAUUAUCUGUUUAAUCUUCGUGAUUUAUCAAAAUGUGUGCAAGGUGUAUUACAAGCUAAUUUACAAGUAAUUCAUACAAAAGAACAGAUUUUUAAUUUGUUUUGUCAUGAAGCCACCCGAAUCUUUCAUGACCGUCUAACUGAUGACAAAGAUCGCAUGUACUUCCAUACUAUGAUGGCAGAUAUGGCCAGCAAGCAUUUUGGAGAGUAUCUAGAUGACUUCAAUUUACAAUCUCCUAAAGAACUGAAGUUGGUCUUUUUCGCUGAUGCAAUUUCCCAUAUUUCUCGUAUUAUUCGGCUUAUUCGACAGAACCGAGGCAAUGCUUUACUCGUAGGUGUUGGUGGUGUUGGCAAACAGUCUCUGACCAAGUUGGCUGCCCAUAUAUGUGGUUAUCAGUGUUUUCAGAUUGAACUGAGGCGUGGCUAUGAUUACCUGGCUUUUCGUGAGGAUUUGAAAAAGUUAUAUGAGCUGGCUGGUUGCAAAAAUGAAAACAUUGUCUUCUUAUUUAACGAUACUCAGAUUGUGAUGGAAGAAUUUCUGGAGGACAUAAAUAAUAUGUUAAAUUCUGGAGAAGUUCCAAACCUCCUGGAAGCAGAGGAUAAUGAAAAACUGAUUAACGCCUGUCGACCUGCUGCCAAAGACAUUGGUAUUCCAGAACAGAACAGAGAUUUAGUACUUAACUAUGCUAUUAAUCUAGUCCGGACAAACCUCCAUAUUGUGCUCUGCAUGAGUCCAGUCGGAACAGCUUUUAGAGCACGAUGCCGCAUGUUUCCAUCUCUAGUGAAUUGUUGCUCCAUUGAUUGGUUCACUGAAUGGCCUGAAGAAGCUUUAUAUUCUGUGGCUGAACUUUUUUUCCAAGAAGCAGAUACAUCUGUACAAAGCAUGAGUGAGCAACUUGCUUCUGUUUGCGUGACCAUGCAUAUUAGUACAAGGAAAAUAUCUGAAGACUUCUAUAAUGCCUUGAAACGCCGUUACUAUAUCACACCCACCAGCUACUUGGAGCUUAUUAAUCUCUACGAAACGAUGCUGACUUCCAAAAGCAAGGAACUAAGGCAAAGACUUAAGCAAGUUCAAAAUGGUUUGGAUAAAAUUCAAGAAACAAAUGAUUUGGUCGACAGAAUGAAGAAAGAACUGGUGGCGCUUGAACCAGAGUUAAAAGAGAAAUCUGCAAACACUAUAGAACUACUUGAAAACUUGGUUGUUGAUCAAGAUGCAGCAGAUAAAGUAGGUUCAAUUCCAACAUGCCAUUUUCUUCUAUCAGAGUCUCUGGUUGACCCAAACCUUGUGGUUGAAGCUUUAGAUGCUCUUGACAAAAGUGACAUUGCUGAAAUACGUGUCUUCUCUAAUCCUCCUGAACUUGUCAGAACAGUAAUGGAAGCAGUAUGCAUACUUCUGCAUCAAAAGACUGACUGGCAGGCUGCUAAAAGUGUGUUAGCUGACCAAAACUUUUUGAAAACACUCCGUAGUUACGACAAGGAUCAUAUACCUGAUCAGUUAUUGAGAAAACUCAAAGUCUAUAUUGAUAACCCAAAAUUCUAUCCUGAGAUUGUUGAGAAUGUCUCCAAGGCUUGUAAAUCGUUGUGUAUGUGGGUGAGAGCUAUUAACUUGUAUGCAUAUGUUUUUCGAGCAGUCCAACCCAAACAGCAACGGCUUGCAAAAGCUAAAGAAGAGCUUGCUAUUGUCAUGGCUAACCUGAAAGUACACCAGGAUGCUUUGGCUAAAGUUGUGGCACAAAUUGCUGCUCUGCAAAAAACAUAUGAUGAAAGUGUAGAAGAGAAAGAAAGGCUUGAAUGUAAGAUCACCCAGACAGCUGUCAGAUUGAAACGAGCAACCAAGUUAACCAAAGCUCUUGCAGAUAAGCAUGAAAAAUGGAAAGAAACCGUCGUUGAAUUUGAUCAGCUGUUGGGCCACAUUGCUGGUGAUGUCCUGAUUUCUGCUGGCAGUGUUGCUUAUACUGGGAUUAGUAUCGGAAUUGUCCCUCACUCUCCCUACAUCCUUGACCUUGCUUCCUGUGGCUUUUGGUUGUCCCCUAAGCUGAAGAAGCUGAAGGAAGUUGUGACAAAAGUCCUGGGCACUUGCAUUUUGAAGGACUUCCAUGAAGCUCUCACGAAGUGGCUGGAACACUACAACAAGUGCAUUGAAGCUAACAUGUGGAUUAAGAAAAGAGAAUCUAAAUAUGGCCUUAGUAUAAUAAAACCUUCUGAUACCAAUCUUAUGAGAACUCUUGAGAAUUGCAUACGGAUUGGUAGGCCUGUUUUAUUGGAAGAUGUUGGAGAGGUUUUAGAACCUUCCCUGGAGCCUAUCCUAUGUAAACAAACUUAUUACAAGAUGAGUAGUCAACUGUUAGCUCUGUUUAAGCAGACAUGUGUCAGAGAAGUAACUAAUGAAACAUUUAACAAUAAUCCAUUAAGCACAGGCAUGGCUGUGUGUUCUUACAAUCCUAUAAAGCAGUAUUUCAUUCUUUUUAGAAAUUUUCUGCAUGAUUUAAUUUGCAUGGUUGUGUGUGAAGUAGUUCAGUUGGAGAAACCACAACUUGAAGAGCAGCGUAACCAAUUAAUCACCCAUAUAAACCGAGACAAAAUUCAGCUGAAGUCCAUCGAAGAACGAAUCCUCCAAUUGUUAUUCCAUUCAAAGGGUAACAUUCUUGACAAUGAGGACCUUAUUAACACACUAAAUGAAUCCAAGGUGACGUCUGAUGUAAUCAACCAGCGUCUGAUUGAGGCUGAACAGACUGAAACUAGCAUUUCUGCAGCUCGAGAGAAAUACCGACCAGUGGCUGUCCAAGGUUCAAUCAUAUAUUUUGCGGUGGCAGAUAUGGCAAUUCUUGAUCCAAUGUAUCAAUUCUCUUUGAAAUAUUUCAAACAGUUAUUUAACAUGACUAUUGAACAAAGUGAAAAAUCUGAAAAUCUUGAGACACGAUUGAUGAUAUUGUUACGCGAGAUAACUGAAUUUAUAUACAAAAACGUCUCCAGAGCACUGUUUGAAGAACAUAAAUUGGUAUUUUCAUUUUUACUUUGUGCAAUGAUAAUGAAAGAGAAAAACGAAGUCCUGCCUGAAGAAUGGAAUUAUUUUCUGCGUGGCGCUGGGGGAUUAGAUGAGGAAUACCCAGAGAAACCUGAAAUUGAAGGUCUAACUCAACAUGCAUGGCAAGCAGCUUGCGAUUUAUGUAGAUGUGUGCCCUCAUUUGAAAACCUAACAGAAGAUAUAGCAUUGCAAAACCUCCAAGUUCGAAUAGGAAACGUUGUGGUAAAUUCUCUUCAUAAUAUAGAGGAAUUGGGAUGGGCUGACAGUGAUGAUUAUGAUAAUCAGUUAACUCCUUUCCAGAAACUAAUCUUCAUCAAAACAUUCCAAGAAGAGAAGACUAUAUUAGCAAUUACUAAUUUUGUUUGUGAAAAUCUUGGUCCAGUCUAUAUUGAAAGUCCAGCUCUCAGUUUACCACAGUUAUAUAAUGACAUGAGAAAGAACAUUCCACUGAUAUUUAUUCUAAGCUCUGGUUCAGAUCCUAUGGGGGCAUUUCUCAAAUUUGCUAAAGACAAAGAAUACUUGAAUCGAUUACAGGCAAUAUCUCUUGGGCAAGGACAAGGUCCAAUUGCACAGACAAUGAUUAAAGAUGCUACAGUGUUAGGUAACUGGGUGUUUUUACAGAACUGCCACUUAGCUGAGUCAUGGAUGCCAUCUAUGGAAAAUAUUAUCAGGAAUUUAGUGGAAGAACCUGAUGAAAUUCAUUGUGAUUUUCGUUUGUUCUUAAGUUCGAUGCCAGCAAAACAUUUUCCCAUCAGUGUCCUUCAGAACAGCAUCAAAGUAACUAAUGAACCACCGAAAGGUCUCAGAGCAAAUCUAAAAAGAACAUUUGGCACUAUCACAACCGCUUUCUUUGAAGAACACAUUUUAGCACAAGACUGGUGUAAAUUAGUGUUUGGAAUUUGCUUUUUCCAUGCUAUUGUACAAGAAAGAAAAAAAUUUGGACCUCUUGGAUGGAACAUUAGGUAUGAUUUUGCUGACAGUGAUCGAGAAUGUGCCUUGUUGAAUUUUCAAUUGUUUUGUCUUAAAGAUAUUCCAUGGGAUACACUUUCAUACAUCACUGGAGAGAUUACUUAUGGAGGUCGUAUAACAGAUAACUGGGAUCAGAGAUGUUUAAGGACCAUAUUGAAAACUUUUGUUGAUCCUACAAUUCUUGAGGAAGCCUACACUUAUUCACCAUCAAAACGAUAUUUUGCUCCUCCAUGUGAAACCAUUCCUGAUGUCCUCCAUUAUAUUGAUACACUGCCUCAUACAGAUGAACCAGAAAUAUUUGGCAUGCAUGAGAAUGCCAAUGUAACCUUUCAUAGACAAGAAACAUUUAAUUUGGUCAGUGCUGUUCUUGCCAUGCAACCAAGAAUUGCUGGAGGAGAAAUGAAGUCAGGAGAUUCUAUUGUAUUGGACUUGAUUGAAAGCAUUGACAAGAAAAUCAUAGACAAACUUGAUAUUGAACAAGCCAGUAAAAUUAUCUUUGAUCUUGAUGAGAAAGGAAGAGUGAAUUCAUUAACUACAGUGUUAGGACAAGAGGUUGACCGCUUCAAUAAACUCCUUUCAGUUAUAAAGACUGUUUUUUUUUCUACUUUAGGUUUUCUAACUGGAGUUUUACAGAACUACGCACGCAAAUACAAUCUAGCUAUCGACCAACUCAAUUUUAACUUCACUGUAUUACCAGUUUAUCGUCAUCAAAAAGAUUAUAUCCAUGCUCUCACAACGAUGACAUUUGGAGAAGAACUAGAUAUUGAUAAGGAUAUUGAGAAAAUAAAAGAUGGUGUUUUGGUGCAUGGACUCUUCAUGGAUGGAUUCGGUUGGGACAUUAAUAACAUGAUAUUAGCAGAUUCUAGGCCAGGUGAAAUGACUGCUUCGUUACCAAUGAUGCACCUGGAGCCUUCGCCUAAUGUUGUAAUUUUAGAGUCAGACUAUACCAGUCCAUUGUACAAAACUGCUCAACGGGCAGGUGUGCUAUCCACAACAGGUGAUUCUAAAAUAUUUGUUGUUUAUAUUCUUCUUAAAGCAUAUGACCAUGAUAUAAUGUUACAACCUUUCUUUCAUCUCUGA